UGGCGGGCGGAAGUGGCGCGCACGCGUACGAACCCGGUUACAACGCGCGCACGUUUGAUGCGCACGUCAGCGUCGUCGAUGAUUCCACGUGGCGUAGCAACAACCAUGACGUGGGGGGGAUGGAGAAGGGGAACUUACCGGCGAUGGCGGCUAUGUCAGACGAGAAGCUUGUCGGUGUUUCGCAUUCUGUUCGCGUUUCUGCUCAUCGAAUUCGUGUUGUACGAAACAGGCCCCUUGAGUGAUCGAGGGGUGUAUGCAGCAGACGAACAACUUGUCUCACUUCGAAUAAACUGUGGUUCUUCAAAUCCAGUCACAUGGAAAGGGGUAGGUUGGGGUGCGGACAGAUUCUUUCUGGGUGGAGUGAGCAUGGUUGGCAACGUGCCUUUGCUUAGCCACUCUCAUCCUCUUUCAUCGUAUCGGGAGUUCAGUGCUGAUGACGAUCCGGACAAUUUUUACAAGGUUCCAGUCCGACCUGGGAAAUACUACGUGGUAAGACUGUGGUUUGCCACGCUUUGGCAAGAUCCCCUUUUGUUUAAUGUGAUUUUGGGGGAUGUUAUUGCCGGUUCGGUCGAGCUUGGUGGUGCCCGUGAGACAGUCUCUCUUGUGAAUCCACCUGCUGCCGGAAUCUCCGAUGAGGUCGUGGAGGAGUACAGGCUGUUUGCAGCUGAACCAUUCCUUCGCAUUGGAGUGAAGACGAGCACCGAACUGAAUCGCCGAGGAAGAAUCAAUGCGAUCGAGAUUCUACCGAUGUUGGAUGAUCACAUCCUGUUAUUUCAACAGGGUGGUGAAAUUGGACGGGAUGUGAUUUUGCGCACAGAGGCACGGGUGAAUUGUGGGUCAGUGGUUGAUGACAAUGACAGUAAACAUGGUGGCUCUGAAUCAGAAUGGGAUUUGGAUGAUGGGUACUUCAAGGCAGUUGAUGGGAGCUCUGUGAUCUCAUGUGCUGGUUUGCCGGUCAGUGGGAUGAACAGGAGUGGCUGGUUGAAGAGCGAAGUGUUGAAAACUGCAAGAGCCAGUACUUCUAACCUGUUGUACACACUUCCAGUACGGCCGGCAUUACAGUACUACAUCCAGCUCCAUUUUGGGCACAUUCUCAGCAGCGAAACAGGGGAGCAGGAGCAUGUGUUUGAUGUGCAUGUGGAUGGAAGCCUGCACAGGAAGGGUGUUCACCCUGUGUCAGAACCGGUCGUGUACAUCGUUAGGCCCGAACUGUCUUCCAAGGGCAACAUAUCGAUCGAGCUUCAACCGGUAAAGGGAGCUGCAUUCAUCAGUGGAAUUGAAGUGUAUGGAGAGAUACCAACAAUGGGGCGGACUGCGUCUGCAGAUGUUGCCGCAUUUGUUGAGCUCCAGAAAGCAUUUGCUGAUGCAUUGAGAGGAGACAGCUUGCAACAGAGGGACCCAUGCAUCAGCCCAUCAGCGCCUGGUUUCAUCUGCAGCUAUGAACCACGAAGGCGUCCUAGGAUAUUGGGAAUCAAUUUUACAGGUUCAUGGCUGUUCGGUUCCAUUCCCCCAGCAAUAGGACAACUGCACAAUGCGGAGCAAAUAUUUCUGGGGUCCAAUGGAUUCAAGGGGGUCAUACCAAUGGAGCUGGAGGCGCUGAAGGCUGCGAGAGUUAUUGACCUGAGCAACAAUUUACUGUCAGGCAGUAUUCCUGCGUGGUUGGCGAGGCUCCCGGCUUUGGAGAUCCUGCGCCUAGAUUCCAACAACUUCACUGGAGAGGUGCCUUCAGUGCUUAUCAAGAAGCUGGGUUCCAAUUUCACAUGUGCAGGGAACCCACAGUUGUGCGAAUCUCCUCCCUGCGAAGGCCAGAGAUCAGAUAGACAAAAGCCCGGUGCAUCCGCAAACGAGGCAAACGACGCGAACAAUAAGGUUGCGGCUGAAGCCAAGUCUCCGACUGAGCACAGUAAACUACAACAGCCAGUUCAGGAGCAUGGAUGGAUUUCUUCGCGACGCCGUCUGCUUGAGAAUGGGAUGGGAGCAGGCGCCGCAGUUGGCGUUAAACAUGGACCAAAUGUGGCAAUUGCACUUGUUGUGUCAGUAAUUGCUUCAGUGGGUGCAUUGGCAUUUUCAAUGGUGCUGUGUUUUUUUUUCAAAAAAGGACGAUCACCGGGCAAGAAUCCAGGUGGCGCGACACCACCGAGUGGAGUCAGCAAUGUCGAAAAGCCUAUGAUGUCUCCAGCACUUCCCAAGCCUGUGGAGCUACAUGGUCCAGUGCGGCGGUUCGACUAUAAAGAAAUUAAGAAGCUGACAGCUGGAUUUAGUGAUCCAAUCGGCCGAGGCUCUUUUGGGUACGUGUAUAGGGGUCAACUCCCAGAAAGCUCAAGUGAAGUUGCAGUGAAAGUUCGAUCAGAUGUGAUCGGCGAGUUCUCAGCUGAGUUCCAAAAGGAAGUGGAAGUGCUCUCAGGCGUUCGUCACAAGAACCUGGUGAAAUUGAUCGGGUAUUGCACAGAGAAGGUCCAGGCAAUUCUCCUGGAGUACCUUCCCAAUGGAUCACUUUACGAAUACCUGCAUGGGAAACGUAAAGGUCAGCACCUAUCAUGGAGCAAACGUCUGCAAAUCGCUCAGGGUGCAGCUUAUGGGAUAGAGUACCUUCACACUCAAGUUCGGCCCAUGAUUAUUCAUCGUGAUGUCAAAUCAGCAAAUAUUUUGCUUGACGACAAAUUUGAAGCCAAGGUUACUGAUUUCGGAUACGCAAGGGUUGUGAUGGAUGACGUCACACAUGUCAUGACGAUCACAGAAGUUCAGGGAUCGACAGGUUAUUUGGACCCAGAGUAUUAUAACCUGUCGCUGCUCUCCGAGAAGAGUGAUGUAUACAGUUUCGGCGUGGUACUGUUGGAGAUCUUGACUGGGAGGGAACCCAUUUUUCCUGCAGAGAGUGGUGGCAAGGUUGCACUUCCUGACUGGGCAAGACCAUUCCUGAAUGAUCGGGACAUCGACUUUGUAGUCGACCCAAGGCUGAAUGCAGAGCAUCUGGAUCUGAACUCUUUGUGGGAAGUUGCCGAUUGUGCCAUGCUUUGCUGCGAGCCGCAUGGAUGCAAUCGGCCCAGGAUUGGCGACGUGGCAAGGUGUCUUGAGCGUGCUUCCGAGUUCCAUGUCGAAGCGCUGCGCGCAUCACAACAAAGAGGCAGGUAGCCAUAGGUUGUGCUCUUGCAGUUGGAUGCAAACCUUUUAUGCACUGCUACUACCUACAUCCUGGUUUACCUUGUGCAAAAAAAUCGAGUUGUUUUUGGAUGGGUGUUACUCGUGUUGCCACUUGGGUCUGUUUGAUGGGUUAUGGAUGUUAGAUACUCGUCUCAAGGGUGCUGGAGAUGUGAUAGAGAAGAGGGUACAUAAGAAUCUGUUCGCUGCUACAGGAGGGCUGAGCCACUUACCUUCCAUAUCCAUGUAUUUUGUACAGACUUUAGUCACUCUACAUAUUAAUCGACUUGCUAAGCGGCAAGCAAAAAGUGUGGAUGAAGACGACGAUCAAACUCGUGGGAUGGGAUGUAUCCCCCAUUCCUGGAAAUAGAGAUCAGGAAAGGUCGCCGUAUGUCCUACGCUUAGUAGGAUUGAGAAAAUAGCAGUUAGUUGGUCAGAUAUCAUCGUGCAUUGACGGUGAAGGGUUGUAGUUUGAGUCGUGUCAAUAGGGUUGCGUUGUUCCCUGAGGCGUGAGCCGGAGGGCAUCUCUGCAGAUUGAUUGGUUGAUUGAUUGCUUGAUUGAUUGGUUGAUUGAUUGGUUGACGGUGAAGGGUUGUAGUUUGAGUUGUGUCAGUAGGGUUCCGUUGUUCCCUGAGGCGUGAGCCGGAGGGUAUCUCUGCAGAUUGAUUGGUUGAUUGAUUGGUUGAUUGAUUGGUUAGGGGCACAUGCCUCAGUGGCCAGUGACUUGUGUUGAUUGUUGGUAGGUUAGCGUUUCUGAGAUAGGGGUGAGGUUUUCGCUGAGAUAGAGACUGAGUACCGAUCAGUAACUUCAAAGUGGCUGCAGACCAGGGGCGCAUGCCAUUGGGGUAGGGGGAUUCAGGGAGUAUAUCGACGACUAGCUUGGGCCACGGUGGCCAAGGAUGUGGUGUUGGUGGCUGGAGGUUCAGGGUUUUUAUCAGUAUGAGUGGGGAUUUCCCAGAGGUAGAGCCUCUCUGAGUGAUGCUCAGGGACUGCAGGCCAGUGAGGUGUGUCGAUGGUUGGCAGUUUGGGUGUUUUCUCGAUAGGAGUGGAGCUUUCCCUGAGGAUGAUCCAGCACUAUCAGGUAGAUAAAAGACUAGGGGGCACGUGUCAUCAGGGUAGCGCAGGGUAUCAGUGAUUUGCUAUCGAUGAUUAGCCUGGGCAUUGGGGGUUGUAUUCAACAGCUGCUAGCCGUCCCUAGAUGUAAUAGCUCCCUUGAUUUGCCUAGAUGAAUCGAUUGCAGAUCUAGGAGUAUCUAUGCUAUAAGGACAGUUAUAUGUGAUGCUAGGCACGAACACGCAGUUUACUGGCAGUGAUGACGCAUGGCUGCCACUUUCUGAUGGAUCUGCUUCCAAGUGUGUGGAAAGGGAGGAAGGUUAUAUGUGAUCAUCAUGCUCAUCUCUCUGGGUCUCUUUUCCAGAUCUGUUUAAUACCAUGGCUGCCUUUUUCUGAUGGAUCUGCUUUCAAGUGUGUGGAAAUUGCCAAGGUAGAUUGGAAACAGGGUGGAGAGUAUAUAUGCUGUUUGGGAGAAAAUCCCUCUACUGGAGUCGAAGACAGCUCAUAGAGUUGUGGGCAUGUGCGAAUAAAGGCCUGGCUCCGCUAUUCCACUAGAACAUGGAAAGAUACGCUGCCAUGUUCUUUGUCUUUUGUGCAUGAGGUAAGCAGUGGAUCGAGGCCCUAAGGAGAAUCGGGAGGCAGAGAGGUUGCACGGAAACAAUUUUGCACCUGAAGAUUGGGAGAACGUUGAUAUCCGGUAUGUAAUUCGUAUGCCGGUGCGUUGUGUGUGUGUUAAGGUCACUUGCUUAUGCUCACAUUUAAUAUCCUACUCAAUUCAGGACACAUGACACGGAUGCCUCCUUGUUAUCGUACAGAUGUUUCGACUUCCGUAAGUGGAAGAGAACGUUUCAGCUGUUCAUAUAUAUAUACAAUCGCCCUUUCAUUUGUUCUCUUGCUUCAUAUCAUUACACCAUGUAUAGGGAGAAUAGGAGAGCGCUAUCUCAUUGUCCUCUUCAUGGUCAGCCUCAGAGAGGAAGAAGGACAGAUAGGAGCCCUGCAGAUAAGCCUUUCGAGUGGGCGCCGGGUCCCCUUUGGCCGCAGCAGGUCUGUGUACGUGGUACACGCUUUGUGGCCUCUGGUCUGUGUAACUUGUCCGCUUUCGACUGACUGUACCCAAGCCACAGGUUUGCUGUACUUAGUCUUUAUUUGUCAGGGCGGUCGGUCAGAUUUGAACCUGGGCAUGGAAGGUUGCUCUGUCUUCUGUCGAUUGUUGUUUUCUUAACCUGUCUUUUGCGGCUUCUUUUUUCCCCCCCCUUUGUUCCGUCCACACCUUUGUUCUCGUUUUUUUUUUGUUUUUUUUUUGUUUUUUUUCUUUUCUUUUCUUUUACCCUGUUUGCUCAAGGUAUUUGAUGUGAGGUGAGUUGAAUUGAGUUUGUCCAUGGCAGCGAGAACAAAGAAGCUGAAACCCU